GCUGGGGAUGCUCGGCCGAGAAGAGCAGGGGGACUGCAUGCGGCGGGCGUCAUGGGCUGCGCACCCAGCAUCCACGUCUCGCAGAGCGGCGUCAUCUACUGCCGCGACUCGGACGAGUCCAACUCGCCGCACCAGACCACCGCCACCAUCUCGCAGGGGGGCGGCGGCGGCGGGGGCGCGCUGCACGGCCUCUUCAUCAAAACCGACGCGGCGGACGCCAUCCCGUCCGUCAUCGCCUACCAGAACCGGCAGCCGAGCUUCAACUCCCGCCGGGAGCGCCGGGACGCGGGCGGAGGACGACGCGGGAGCGGCGGGGCGCAAGUGCUCAUCGAGGCCGAGACGCAGACCAGCGACGCCGGCGUCAAGGUUUCCUCCACGGAACAAUUUGUCGGACCCAUGAGAGUGAGCCAGGAACCCAUUCAGGUUCUGCUGGUGUUCGCCAAAGAGGACGACCAGAGCGACGCCUUCUGGUGGGCGUGCGACCGCGCCGGCUUCAGGUGCAACAUCGCCCGCACGCCCGAAUCGGCGCUCGAGUGCUUCCUGGACAAGCACCACGAGAUCGUGGUGAUCGACGGACGCCGCUCACGCGCCUUUGAGGCCGAGGUCGUGUGCCGGAUGAUCCGUGCCACAAAGCCUUCAGAGAACACCGUUAUUCUCUCCGUCGUGCCGCAGAAGCCGCCUGACCAGGACGAACCCUCCGUUCUUCCGCUCCUGUGCGCCGGAUUCAGCCGGAGGUUCGUGGAGAACGCCAGCCUGUCGGCGUGCUACAACGAGCUGGUCCAACUCGAGCACGGGGAGGUGCGGUGCCACUUCAAACUCAGGGCUUGUAACUCGGCCUUCGCGGCUCUGGAGAAGUGCCAGGAAGCUGUGGAGAUCACCAGUGAAGACCACGUCGUACAGUACGUGAACCCCGCCUUUGAACGGAUGACGGGCUACCACAAGGGCGAAGUGAUCGGCAAGGGGCCGAGCGAGCUCCCGGGGAGCGACGCCUCGGACGCCAUCAACACCUGCGUCCGGAAAGGAAAGGAUUGGCAGGGAAUUUGCUACGCCGUGAAGAAGUCAGGCGACAACGUGGCCCAACACGUGAAUAUGACGCCCGUCGUCGGCCAGGGAGGGAAGAUCCGACACGUCGUCGCCAUCAAGAGGCCGCACGUCGACAACAACAGUCAAGUGCACAAGUACAACAAGGAGGACCGCUGUGGUGUUGAGUAUUCUCACUCAGACUGCCACUCUCUGCUCCACCGCGACAGGAGGAAAGACUCCGUGGACACGAGAUCGCUCAGCUCCCGAAGCAGCGACGCCGCCAGUUUGCAAAACCGAAGACACUCCUCCGUCGCCAGGAUUCACUCCAUGACCAUUGAGGCUCCCAUCACCAAGGUCAUCAACAUCAUCAACGCGGCCCAGGAGAGCAGCCUGACGGUGGCCGAAGCCCUGGAACGCGUCCUGGAGAUCCUGAGGACAGCCGAGCUCUACUCGCCGCAGCUGGCGUCCAAGGACGACGACCCCCACGCCAGCGACCUGGUUGGCGGGCUCAUGAACGACGGGCUGCGGCGGGUAUCUGGCAACGAAUAUGGAUUUUCCAAAAACGCGAGCCAGAGCCAGCUGGCCGUCCCGACCGCGCUGAGCGACGUCCCGCAGUCCAUCGCCGACAUGCUCGACGACGAGGAACGCUGGGAGUUCAACAUCCUCGACCUGGAGGCCGCCACGCACAAGAGGCCGCUGACUUACCUGGGCCUGAAGAUCUUCACCGGUUUCGGGGUGUGCGACUUCCUGGACUGCCCCGAGGCCCUGCUGCGCUCGUGGCUGCAGCUGAUGGAGGCCAGCUACCACUCGUCCAACUCCUACCACAAUUCUACGCACGCUGCCGACGUGCUGCACGCCACCGCCUACUUUUUGCGCAAGGAGAGAGUGAAGAGCAGUCUAGAUCAGCUGGACGUGGUGGCGGCGUUGAUUGCGGCCACCGUGCACGAUGUGGACCACCCGGGCCGCACCAACUCCUUCCUGUGCAACGCCGGUAGCGAGCUGGCCGUCCUCUACAACGACACGGCGGUGCUGGAGAGUCACCACGCCGCCCUCGCCUUCCAGCUCACCAUGCGCGACGGCAAGAGCAACAUCUUCAAGAACAUAGAGCGGACCCAGUUCCGAACGCUGCGGCAGGCCAUCAUCGACAUGGUCCUGGCCACGGAGAUGACGCGACACUUUGAGCACGUCAACAAGUUUGUCAACAGCAUCAACAAGCCCAUGGCGGCCGUCGACGAGACCAGCAUGAGCGGCGACUGCGAGGGCCAAGCGGGCCUCACGAACUCUCCGGAGAACCGGCUCCUGAUCAAGCGGAUGCUGAUCAAGUGCGCCGACGUGGCCAACCCGUGCCGGCCGCUGGAGCUCUGCAUCGAGUGGGCGGGGCGCAUCUCCGAGGAGUACUUCGCCCAGACGGACGAGGAGAAGAGGCAGGGGCUGCCCGUGGUGAUGCCCGUGUUCGACCGCAACAGCUGCAGCGUGCCCAAGUCGCAGCUCUCCUUCAUCGACUACUUCAUCACCGACAUGUUUGACGCCUGGGACGCGUUCGCCGGCCUGCCGGGCCUCAUGGAGCACCUUUCGGAGAACUACAAGUACUGGAAGACUCUGGACGACAUGAAGUGCAAGAGCCUCCGCCCUCCGCCGCCAUCUUGACUGCGGACCGCUCCCCGUCGCGGGGUUGGACGGAGAGUUGUCAGCUGGAGCCGAACCGCCUGGUGCUGGUUCUUCGACCUGGCGCUCGUCCAAGACUAUAUUAUCUUUUUUUAUUUUGAGGCGGGGGGAAGGGGUAGACACACAUCCGCCACAGGUGCCCAGAAAACUGUUUAAAACCUGUUGAAAUGAUGAAAACCGGAAAAUGUGCGGGUGUUGAAACACCCACAUCCCCUGCAGGUGUGACUAAAACUGUUAAUGUGUGGGUCUUGAAAACCCCAUAAAACGCGUGGGAAACAUUGAGUAACUCGGGUGUUGGAACACAACACCCGCCCUUAUUUUGUGGGUAUUGAACCCGUUCUCUGGGAAAUGUGUGGGUGUUGAAAUCUGUGUUGGGCGAAUGGGUUGCACACACUUUUCAACAUGACAAUGAGUGUGCAGCACGUACUGAUAAAUGUGGGUAGCCACGGGUUUGACAAAAAAGGGGGGUGUUGAAAAUUUUUAUUGGAUAAUAUUUGGGUGCCGGAAUACCCUCACUCCCCCCCUCCCACGGGUGCAACGGAUGCUGUAGGUUUUUAUCCAAUUUACCGGGAAAACUGUGAGUUCUGAAAUCUUUCACUGGGGAUUGUGUGGGAGUUGAAACCUGUCACUGGGAAAUGUGCCGGUGUUCCAACCCCCCCGCCCCACGUGUGUGGCAAAAACUCUGGGUGUUAAAACCUUUGAUGGGUUCCUGAGUGAUGGGAUUAACCACGCUCAGUGCGCAUCGCAUUGUGGGUGUGUCAACAGGGUAAAACGUGGGUGUAGAAAUUAAAAAUGUCAACAGGAAAUAUGUGGGUGACGAUGAAUGUGGGUUGUCACAGUACGAGUGUGGAAACACCCACAUUUACUGAUGGGCGGACACGUCGCAUAGGCUGUGGGGCACGGGCAACACUGUUAGUCGUUUAAUGUCGCCGUCUCGUGGGUAGAAAACGUACUGCAGCCAUCCCGGGUAACGGAGACUUCAUUCAUUCUGACAUGCGGACGACAAAUUAACUUUUUAUGUUUACAAAACCGACUGAUAAUAAAGUGCCAAGUGAAUGGAAGAGAAGUUGAAGUGAAAUAAAAAUGGGAAAUGGAAGUUUUGUAAAAUAAAUAAAUAAAUGCUUGUCAUCGUUA